CUGACAAUUCUCUCUCCAGACCGUGCAAUAGAAGAAACAUCAAGCUUUUAUGGAUACACUCCUAACAGAACAAUCUGCAUCUUAUUUUUAUCUCUGUUCUCCGUCUCGACGAUAAUCCAUGUGGCUCAAGCCAUUGCCUACCGAACGUGGUGGUGGUUCGGUACGGCGGUUCUAUGUGGGAUCCUCGAAAUCCUAGGGUGGAGCGCGCGUCUCUGGUCGAGUUUCAACCCUGGAUUGAAGGAUCCUUUUGGAAUGCAGCUGACGUGCACGAUAUUGGCGCCGACACCACUGUUGGCCGCAAACUUUGUGAUACUGGAGAAGUUAAUUCAGCGUCUAGGGACGGAGUAUAGCCGAUUAAGCCCGAGAGCUUAUAUGAUCCUGUUCUGUACUUGUGAUGUUAUUUCGCUGGCAGUGCAAGCGUUUGGAGGAGGUUUAGCCUCAAGUGCGGUGUCUAAUGGUACUGAUCCGGAGAAGGGCGGCCACAUAAUGCUAAUCGGUGUUGCAUUUCAACUGGCGGUGAUAACUGUAUAUUCGAUCUUGGGCAUCGAAUUCUUUGCAAGAUACUUUAUGGAUGCUCCCAUUCGGAUUCCUGGACCAGAUCGUCCGCGAGCCGAGUUGACCAAGAACUUGAAAUGUUUGAUUGCAGCACUCGCAUUUAGCACCGUCUGUCUGUUCAUUCGAGCGGAAUAUCGAGUGAUAGAGCUCGAGGAUGGAUGGGGCGGGAGAAUUAUCACAACGGAGGUGUAUUUUAACGUCCUCGAUGGAGCCAUGAUAACGCUAGCGAUAUACACAGUCAAUCUAUCCCAUCCCGGAAGGAUAUUCCGUUCAGAAGAUCUUCGGGACGGUGGUCCGAAAUAUCCAAUGAAACAGAGCGGGCACGUACUAUUACCAGUGUCUGAGUCUUGA